UCUGUUUCUCUUUACCGAGUAGUAGGGCCUCGCUCCGCUACUCACGACAAGCACAAAAGACAAAAAAUAUGGUGGUGUAUCUUCGCGUAUUCUAGAGGAAAAUUCAUUCUCAGUUUGCACAUGUGUGGAAGAACAAAGGUCGCCCUCCGCUCGUCCUGGGCUGUGGUCAGUACACAGGCGAAGCYGGAACGAGGAGCAGAACGAGGAAGGUCCGCAGCUCCAGGCACCGGCUUCGCGCAGGAGAAGCAGCCCGAGGUUGGCAGGACAGUUAGACCUGUCCUAUCUAUCUAUUUGAGAGCCGGAAUCUUGAGACAGUAUUUGCAUCAUGCACACAAUGGGAGUGGGUUUCCAGUCUAUUGUGCGAUCUCCUUUGCCAACACAUGAUUCGGUUCGUACUCUGCGCGAGAAUGGAAGCCGGUGUAAUCGUUGUGGCUGUUAUGUAUCCAUGGCCAGCAGAAGCAGCAAGUUGUUUCUGGGAGCCAAGAACGCGAACGGGGCUGUGGCACAGAACGGAUCGUCACUGUCGUGUGGAUCUCAGAUGAGCUCAUGGAUGGGGAAGAAUGUGUUUGGGGAUAGCACGGCGACAAGAAGGGAGAAAAGGGUGAGGAUGAAUGCAUCUGCAGAAAAUGGCGAUGGGGGAAAUGGAAGAUACGGGGGGGAAGAGAGGACGAUUGUCGCAGAAGGAGGCAGUCCUGAAUCAAGCGGAAGAGUGCAAGAGUUUUCAUGGCCUCAUUCGCAGAGGCCUAGAAUUUGCAUUCUUGGAGGAGGCUUUGGGGGAUUGUACACAGCGUUAAGGCUGGAUUCGCUGCUGUGGCCGCCAGAGAAGCGCCCCCAGAUCGUGCUGAUUGACCAGGGUGAACGUUUCCUUUUCAAGCCAAUGCUGUAUGAGCUGCUCAUCAGAGAGAUGUUCCUAUGGGAGAUUGCACCUCGAUUUGAGGAGCUGCUAGAGAACACCAAUAUUCUGUUUGUAAGAGGCACAGUUUCCUCUGUAUCGCCAUCAGAUGGGCCCGACCAGAUUGACGAUGGAGUAGGGGAUUGGGGUGCAAGACCUAAAGAGGAAGGUGGUCGUGUUCUGCUGACUGAUGGAAUGGAGAUUGCUUAUGAUUGGGGGUUGACGCAACCUGAGGGUGUCGGACCAAUACGUGUGGUCGUGGUCGGAGCAGGUUUUGCAGGGGUGGAGCUGGCGAGCACCGUGGGGGAGAGGCUUAAAGAUAAAGGCUAUGUGCAAAUCGUCACACCGUCAAUGGACAUCUGUCCCAGUGGCAAAUCAGGGAGCCGGGAUUGCGCUAAACGGGUCUUAGUGCAAAGAAGAGUCAAUCUGAAACUUGGAUAUUAUGUGAGGGAGCUGAGAAGGAAAUCAGGAGCCAUUGCAAAUGGCGAUUCAGAUUCCUCGUCGACGAUCGUCGUGAAGUUAGAACCAGUGAUGCAAAGUGGUGGUGGUGGUGGUGAUGGCCAUGGCGACGGCGGAGGACCAAAUUACGUGGAGUUGGAGGCUGAUCUAGUGUUGUGGACGGUUGGGAUUGAGGCCACAGUGCCAGUACUGGGCAAGGCAAUGGCAGGUGCGAAGACACCCUUUGCUUUCCCCGUGAAUGAGCGGGGAAAGAUUGACACGGAUGGCUUUCUGAGGGUGAGGGAUCACCCUCGAGUAUUUGCACUUGGAGAUACGGCUGGUGUUGUGGAGGAAGAUGGAAGUCCUGUUCGGGCGACGGCUCAGUUGAAUCUCGCGAGGUCCAAUGCAGCAGCAGCAGCAGCCUUGCUGCGGCGCAGUGUAAUUUAGUAUCAACAUCUGGGAGAGAUUAUGACUCUAGGGGCAAAAGAUGCCACAGUGUCGAUGCCUUUUCUCGACGAUCUGACAUUGGAUGGUCUGAUUGCCCAAGCUGUGAGGAGGGCGGAGACAGGAUUAGGCGACCCAGGAGGUGAGGGGAUCGCCUGGAAGGCUACGCUUAUGAGCGAUAGGGAGGAACAGCAAUCGGACGACCGGAUCCUGCGAUCAGCAAGACGCCCAAUUGCCCACCUGGCAUUAGGACCAGAGGGCGACAGAUACCUGUUCCGCCAGCAUAGGGAGAGGCUGCAGCAGCAGCAGAGAGCUAGGGAAGCAGAAGCCAGCAGAGCUCUAGCAAGUGAAGCCACUGCUUCAGUAGCCAUGGCUAGCGCUGCACAGCAAUCCUCUCAGGCUGGGGGUUCAGGAACUAUAGGGUCAAUUGCGGCGCAGACCCAGAGUCAGUCGGCUGGCGUAAUGGCAAGCCAGUCAAAUGUGUUGUCACCCGAGGAGAUUGCCAUACAGCAGGCGGCCCUGCAAGAGGCACAACUACAGAAGGCUUUAGGGGAGAUAAAGGCGGAGAAAGAGAGAAUGAUUAGAAGAGUAGCCAGGAUGCAGCGAAGAGAAGCGGACGUUAGGCAGUUAGAGGAAAUGGAUCUGACCAACAUGGAUGCGGAUGUGAGGGUAGUUCGGACGGCCCUGCUAGGAGUCAUAGAGAUACAAGACCAUCAGACUGCUAUCCUCCAAGACAUUCAGCAGAGUCUAGCCUGGCUGGUUGGACGAUUGCAGGCGGCUCCAUUACCGUCAGGGCCUGGUGCCUGGCCCGUGGCACAUCCUCCUCCCCCAGUCCCACCGGUGAUCGGGGUAUCCCCAUAUGUAGCCCCAUCAUCGGUUGCUAUCGUUUCCCUGGGCAUGCCGCUAUCAGGAGGGUUAUCAGCAGGACCUAAUGUCCAGAUUCCUGUACAGUCAGUGUUAUCCCAACCUCCGUCGCAGGUUGCCAUUAGUGGGCAAUCUGUUGUCCCGCAACCUGUGCAGCCGCAGGGGACACAGCCCCAACAGCAACAGGUGCAACAGCCUGUUCCCCAGAGUCCACAACCAAGUGUGGGACAGAUGCAGGGACAAACACAGUGGGUUCCGAAGACGGCAAUUGCUGCUCCGAAACCCUUUUCAGGGGACAAGAGGGGCGAAGACCUCGACACGUGGUUGAGGGCUGUGCCAGUCUAUGUGAAGUGUAAGUUGACCUUGCCGCACGUGGAAGUGCUUGUGGCUGCCUCCUAUCUAGAGGGGAGUGCAGCAAGAUGGUUGAGUGGGUUAGUGCAACUACAGGGAUAUGGGCAUGACUUCCGCGCUUGGGCAGCCAGCCAAAAGUUGGAUGACUUUCUCAAGUUGGUGGAGGAAAGGUGGCAUGAUCCUCAGGAGGCUCAAAAGGCCACUGACGCGAUCCUGACUUUGAGCUCUUGUUCGUUGAAGUCAGUUAGGGAGGCCACAGACGCAGUUGAGCGUCUGAUCUGUGUCCCUGGGGUCCGCUAUGACCCCCAAGUCUUACUAACAACUUACCUGAGGUGUCUGUCGAUGCCAAUCAUGAAUCAGUUGGCAGUAGAGGCUAACAUCAAUGUGCACAACUUUCCAUCGCUCAGCAAGAAGGCCCUAGACCUUGAAGCUAAGAUAGGGCAUGGACAUAGCCCAUCGACGGACGGUAGGAAAAAGACACUGCCUCCCAACUGGAAGGCGAAGGGGCGCAUUAUGCUCGUCGACAAUGAUGGUUCAACCAUCGAAUUGGACGACGACCCCCAGUUGGGAGCUGGUUCAGAGGCGGGCAGCGUAGAGGCUUCAGAGGGUGGAGUAGUCGCUGCCGUAACACAACAGAAAGAGAAGUGCAAGGCUGCUUUCAGACAUCUGAAGCAUGCGUUGACGCACUAUGAGGUCUUGAAACUUCCCGAUCCUAACAAGCCAUUUGUGGUUACCACAGAUGCUAGCCAAUAUGGUAUUGGUGUCGUGCUUGCGCAGCAGGAGGGGCCAAAGUUGAGGCCAGUUGAGUACAUGUCCAAGAAAAUGCCGUCUCAGAAGUUGGCAAAGUCCACCUAUGAGAAGGAACUCUAUGCGGUGUACAAGGCUCUGACCCAUUGGAGGCACUAUCUCCUUGGGAGGUUCUUCAUCCUUAGGACUAAUCAUCAGACCUUGAGAUGGAUGAGAACACAACCGGUCCUCUCUGACGCUCUAAAGCGUUGGAUCGAAGUCAUUGAGCAGUGUGACUUUGACCCGCAGUAUCUGAAAGGGGAGUACAACAAGGUUGCUGAUGCCUUGUCGCGUAGACCUGAUUUCUCAGGUGCGCUGAUAACUGAGUUCGAUUUGACGGAGGAUGUAACUCGCUCUUUGGUGGGAGCCUAUCGCGAGGACCAGUUUAUGUCUGAGAUCAUACGCAGACUAGAGGCGAAGGAGAAAAAGACUUUUGUCGAGUUUGAGUUGGUCAAUGGCUUGCUGUUUCUUGAGAAGGCAAGGAAUAAACGAUUGUGUGUUCCAAAUAGAGAGUCUUUGCGUAGUUUAUUUCUAGGUGAGUGCCAUGAUGCCACCGGCCAUUUUGGGUAUAAGAAGACAGCAGCAAAUUUGCUGCAGCGGUUCUGGUGGCCCACGAUGAUGAGAGAUGCCCAGCUGUACGUGGAGACUUGUCAGGUCUGUCAGCGGGACAAGCCACGUACUCAGGCUCCUCUUGGGCUUCCGGAAAGGCCAGGUGAGAGCCUGUCCAUGGACUUCAUGGAUACGCUGGUCACCAGCAAGAGUGGGAUGAGACACAUCUUCGUCAUCGUGGAUAGGUUUAGUAAGUAUGCUAGGUUAGUAGCCAUGCCGGAGACUGCGAAGACCGAGUACGUCAUCAGAUUGUUUAAGGAGAACUGGGUCAGGGAUUUUGGUUUGCCCAAAUCCAUAGUGAGUGACAGGGAUGUCCGAUUCGCUAGUGAGUUGUGGAAGGCCGCUGCUGCGGAGCAGGGAACCCAGUUGCAGAUGACUUCUGGGAAUCACCCAGAGGCCAACGGCCAGGCUGAGCAACUGAACGGCACUGUACAACACCUGUUGAGGCAUUACAUCAAGCCCAACCAGGUGGACUGGGAUGAGAAGCUUGCUCUCAUCGCCAGCCUGUACAACAACGCUGUACAUAGCGCUAUCGGGGUUGGGGACAGAGUUUGGGUUAAGUCCUCAGAACUGGGACAGGAGUAUGGGAUUUCCCGCAAACUUAUGCCUCAGUACUUUGGACCUUGGGAAGUCUUAGACGUUGUUGGGACUGAUCUGGAUGGGCCAUCUUAUGUAGUACAGAUCCCUGGUCAUCUCCGCACUUACCCUGUCUUUCACGCCUCCAAACUUGCACCUUUCAAGGAAACAGAUGAGUUUACUUCUCGUCGCUCAAUGCUGACCCCAACCAUGGAUGGAGAAGUGGACAUUGAUGACAUAGUGGAUCACAGGGAGCUGCCAGUCCCGAGACCCACAGGCAGGGGACGUCCUCCGAAGCCGAAGCUGCAGUACCGCGUUCGGUUUCGUCAUCAUACUGAUCCAAAGGAGGACCGCUGGUUCACCCGGGAGGAACUCAUGCAGACCGCUCCUCGGAGGAACUCAUGCAGACUCAUGCAGCUGGUUCACCCGGGAGGAACUCAUGCAGACUCAUGCAGUCGUAGCACAGUACGAGAAAUCUCUGCAGAAGGGAAAGCGCCAGGUUAUCUAAGACUGAACUUCUCAGAGGACUAUUGAAGUUAUGGAGGAGAGAAUUUGCGCAGCGCCAGUUGGUUGAGAGAACCCAGGCCCUGCCUUCCUUUCUCAAAUGUAUCAGAGGCAGGCCCUGGGCUGGACACGGGGCAUGCCAUUGGACUGCGCACAGGCCGCUGGCAGUUGGACACGGGUAACCACCCCAGGCCCUGUGUCUGAUUCCCUUGGACCGGGGCUCAGCCACUUGGGGCCUACCAGAAGCUUCUGGGCGAGGGGCCUGGCACAGCCAGGCAGCAGGCAGCAGGCAGGCCAUUUCCAUAUAGGAAAGUGCCUGCCCCCGCAUUUGGCAUUCGGGCACUUGCUACAUGCUGCGCAAGCGCUGCUGCGCUACUGGCAGGCAAGCCACGCGCUCACGGGCGAGCAAGGGAUACGCAGGCAGCCAUAGCCGAGCUGGCCUGCGAGGUGCUGGAUGGGGCGCUUGGUGGUCCUUGGGUGCACGGGGCAUCUGUGUGGGGGAUCGAGGUUGUGAGUGAUGCGUGAGACAUACCUGGUGCUGGAGGCAAACGACAUUGGCCGAGAUCUGCUCGUACUUCGGGAAGCUGUUGACGUCACCAGCGGCAUUGUAGAUAGGCUAGAUAGGAUCUGCCAUUCAUAGUCUGGGCGAUGAGCGUCAGAUAGGAAGCCGACAUUGGUUCAUUGUUGAUGAUGAUGAGACUAUUCCAACAUUGUCACUUGUGAGCUUUUGCUGUGCUCUUAUUUGGUGGAACUCGAGUUGCAAUUCUGCUUUUGGUUCGAGGUCACGACUAUCUGGUUUCAUGUGUAUGAUGCUGCUUGGUUUCUGGAAUUCGCUAUCGCUCAUUUUCCUGGCACUAAAUUAAAAAGCAAAUAAAAAAAGAAGUAGACCUUAAAUAGAACUCAGAGCUUUAAAAAAAAAAAAAGUGUCAGAAAACAUUGGGUGGACUCAGCAGGACUGCAUUCACAUGACCGGUAGGUAUGGCUUUUUAUUAUUAAAUUAAAAAAGCAAAUAAAAAAAGAAGUAGACCUUUCGCACUGUGGGUCACAGCUGCAGUGGUAAAGACAUCCGCACGGCUUAUAGGGCCAAGGUCACCGGCUCGAUUCCAUCUGGCUGUGGAGUUUGUUUGAUCCUGGCUGUUGCAGUCCAGUUGGACUGCAUUGGUAUGUGCUAUGUAGAGAAUGGAGAGAUGCUAGUCUCAAGGGUCAAUCAAUUUCAGUGAUUACAACUGUGUAGGGCUUUUUUUUUUUUUUUUUUUUUUUCUUGGUGACUUUUAUCAUUUCAAAUUUUUGAAUUUUUUUCUCAAUAGUUCAUUGGAUAAACAAGAGCUUGUGUA